AUGAAGGAUAACUACGGAGGAGAAUGUGAGAAUUUCUCGGAUCUUAAUUACUGUUCCUUCGAAUGCGAAAAUCUUAAUUACUGUAUUCAGAUCACUAUAUCGUCGUGGAUCACAAGAGAUAUCAAUAGGAUCGAGUUCUUGAGGUACUUGGGUCAUAUGAGGUGCUUACUUGGUUGGAUUGGUUCCCAAACCCUUGAUUCGGAUGCGCAGCUUUUGCUUCUUCUUCUUGCACAUAAGGUGGGUUUGGAGAGUUUGAAUUCUUUCUGUGGAAGAAGUUGUCUGUUUCGGUUUUCAAGUUUGGGGAAGAAGAAGAAGAAAGGAGAAGGAAGGGGUUUAUGA